AGGCGUUUCCUUUUCCCCCUGCUUGUUUCCUCCCUAGCGGUGGGAAGGGUGGGGGCGGGAGUAGGGAUGUGACAAAACUCGGGUUGCAGCGCCCAUUCCCGGGGCGGGAGCGCUCCCGCUGACAGCCACCCCGGGAGGGGGAGAGAGGAGCGGGCUGCGCCCCGGCCGCCUCCCCGCCCCGCGGCAGCCCGCUCGGCUCCCCUCGGCCGCGGGGGUGCGGCUCCCCGCAGCUGCCGCCCUCCCGGGCCGCACGCAGGUCCGCACCUCGCACAGGCGAGCGCGCGCGCCCCAGUCCGGGCGACGAGGUGGGCGGCGACCCAUCCGGUAGGACCCGUCCCGUCUCUGCGCGCGCUGUGACCUCCGGGGGGAGCGGAGAGGCCCCCGGGGCGCGGAUCUCAGGGCGCUGUGUUUCCUACGUCUCGGGUGCACAACGGAGGCCCCGGAGCACCCCCCGCCCCGCCGUCUUCCCCUGCGAACCCUCGGGAAAGCGCUCGCCCUGUCGAUCGCCUGGAAUCCCUGCAAAAGCUGGGAGGGGAGACGCGGCGCCGCCGGCGUGGGGGCGCGGGCAGCCGUCUCCACCGACAGCGCGGUGCGCCGGCGGUGCUCGGAGCGACGCGGGAAGGGAGCGGCUCGUAGCAACAGGUGCAGCCCGAAGCCGCUCCCGGAACGAGGCAGCGGGCCAGGAACCAGGACCCGGUAAGGCGCCGAGGGGUCUCUCGGUGCGGCUGCCCUGGCGCGUCCCUCCUCCCCGGCUCGGGGCGGGUGCCGCGCAGAGGGACCCCCGCCCGGGAGGGUCCAGAGCGGGGCUCCCGGCACAGAGACGGCCCCAGUAGGCGCAGCCGCCCGGGCCUCGGGCUCGGGAACCCGCGCGCCCCGCGUGCUCGGGGCCGGGACCCCCGGCCGUCCUCGGAGCCUUCUUCCCCAGCAGGCGCCGUCGCCAGCGUGCCCGGGCGCCCCGCGCGGGCCAUGGAGCCGGCAGCCGGGAACCUCAGCGACGGGAACGCGAGCGGCCCCGAGCCCCCAGCCCCGGAGCCCAGGCCGCUCUUCGGCAUCGGCGUCGAGAACGUCGUCACCCUGGUGCUGUUCGGCUUGAUCUUCGCGCUCGGCGUGCUGGGCAACAGCCUGGUGAUCACCGUGCUGGCGCGCAGCAAGCCUGGCCGGCCGCGCAGCACCACCAACCUGUUCAUCCUCAACCUGAGCGUCGCCGACCUAGCCUACCUGCUCUUCUGCGUCCCCUUCCAGGCCACGGUCUACGCGCUGCCCUCCUGGGUGCUGGGCGCCUUCGUCUGCAAGUUCAUCCACUAUUUCUUCACCGUCUCCAUGCUGGUCAGCAUCUUCACGCUGGCCGCGAUGUCCGUGGACCGCUACGUGGCCAUCGUGCACUCCCGGCGCUCCUCCUCCCUGCGGGUGUCCCGCAACGCGCUGCUGGGCGUGGGCUUCAUCUGGGCGCUGUCCAUCGCCAUGGCCUCGCCCGUGGCCUACCACCAGCGCCUCUUCCACUGGGAAGUCAGCAACCAGACCUUCUGCUGGGAGCAGUGGCCCAACCAGCGCCACAAGAAGGCCUACGUGGUGUGCACCUUUGUCUUCGGCUACCUGCUGCCGCUUCUGCUCAUUUGCUUCUGCUACGCCAAGGUCCUCAAUCAUUUGCAUAAAAAGUUGAAGAACAUGUCAAAGAAGUCAGAAGCAUCGAAGAAAAAGACUGCGCAGACGGUUCUGGUGGUGGUUGUGGUUUUUGGGAUCUCCUGGCUGCCACAUCAUGUCAUCAAUCUCUGGGCCGAGUUUGGGGUUUUCCCGCUGACCCCCGUCUCCUUCCUCUUCAGAAUCGCCGCUCACUGCCUGGCCUACAGUAAUUCCUCGGUGAAUCCUAUCAUAUACGCUUUUCUCUCGGAAAAUUUUAGGAAGGCCUAUAAGCAAGUGUUCAAGUGCCACACGCGCAAUGAGUCACCUCUUCAUGAUACGAAAGAAAAUAAAAGUCGAAUAGAUACCCCGCCAUCCACCAAUUGCACUCACGUGUGAGAGUGUUAGAGCGCUCGUGUGGAGUCUCAGACAGAGCGCGGUACGACGAGGGGUUAGCAAGCCUGCAACUUCUUGUGCUCAUGACAAGUCGCAUCAUUUUAGUUCCACUUGUUUUUGAAAACAAUACUUUGAUCCAUUUAGGAAAUCUCCAGGUCUCGUAAAGAUUGUUUCUAAAUUUUAUUUCAAAAACAAAAGGGAAUGUUACAUAGUUUUUUAUACCUUUACAGAAACGAAAGGUUAAUAGAAUUCCAUCGACAUGUUCAAUUCUUCAUAGGACAGCCUAUAAAGAUGGUCAGGAAUACUGGCGAUCUACAUUUUGAAGCCAGUUUAUUUAGGAAAAAACACAUGUAUGUGUUAAUUCUUCAAUUUUAAGAAACGAGGUAAUAUUGCGAGGUAUGUGUUUCAAAAUAUGAUCAUGGAAAGACGAUCAAAGUUUGACCUGGAUUUCAUUUUUUUUUUGUGGCCAUUUAUAUAGAGGCGCAUCUGUUAAAUGGCAGUGAGACUUUGCCAAGUCGAUUUGCACCGGCCUCAUUUGCCCCCAACUGUAAAUAGUGAACACGGUUUCCAGAGAUGAGCUUCACCUGUCUGUGGUCAUGAGGGCCCAUUAACUUCAUCUCCGGAGACCAGCACAGCGGCACAGCGGUGACUCAGGGUGACGGACGUUGGCCCGGCCACUUAAAACUAUUCUGCGAUGUAGGCUUUGCAGAGUUACCUAAAAAAAAAAAUCAGGGAAAAUGCCAAGGACAACUAUUCUAAUAGUGGAAGCUUCCAGUGAGAUCCAAGAGGGAACGUGGUCAUUAAAGUUUUACAAAUAUAUCGCCCAGGGUAUUUUGUGUGCCUUGAGUGGAACUGAGCCAAAAGGGAGUUAAAAAAAAAUGCCAGUGAGGAUGAUAUGUGGGUAGUUUCUAUGGGGCUGGGGAGAAGUCAGAAUCCAGUAAGACACAUGUGGAAAGCAUACGCAACACGUGAUUCAGAUAACAUUAGAAGAAAAGGAAUCUUCUGAGUAGGUAUACCCAGGGAUAUAUGUUGUACAAACACAUGCUUUGUUUCAUUAAAUUUGUAGUAAUGUUAAAUGCACAUUUACCCCCAAUAUUACUUCCUCGAAAAUGAUCAUACGCUGAAUUUCAAAUGUACUUUUCAUGACAAUUUCGUAUUUAUUCAUGUGUAGAAUGAAAAACACGGGAUGAAGAGAUUAAAUUAUUCUACCUUAGAACAGUAGUUUUCAGACUCCAGGACUUUGCUAUCUUUUGUGAGAAUACAACACCAGGAAGACUUUUUGAAAAAGGAUUUAGUGUAAUGCACACCCGUGUCAAAUCAGGAUUCCAUAGGAAAUAUCAAAUUUUUAGAUGAAAAAACUCGAUAUAAGUCUUUGCAUGUUAAAUUUUCCAGCUGAUGAAUUCAUUGUCACUAAUCACACUCCUCCAGCAAAUGGUAUUUACAUUUGCAAUGCUUGAACUGAUUCUCUAGCCAGAAUAGGAGAAAAUUCUUCGAAAGGAUGGGAAAUCAUGAGCUCUCAAGUUUGGUGGCUAGGGAAAGAAGUUGCAUGUAUGUGUGACGCCAGUGUUUUAGAGGACAGCCUAAGUCCUUCGCAUGGAAAAUUCUUUGCACUUUAUUCAAAUACAGCCGCAGAAACAUUGUACCCUGACAAUGAUACCUCAUGUGCUUUGUGGAACUUGAAGUCGCCAUUGCAGAUGCCAGAACAGGUCAAGUGUGUGUGUGUGUGUGAACCCCCACAGCUGUACAAAGAGGUGCCUCCUGGUGGCCUUUGGACUUGCAUGGUUGACAAAGGCUUCCUGCACCCUGGCUGUUCCUUUGUUUCCCUCUUGUGAUUCCUCCACACACGGAAGUAUUCGAAGAAAUGCCGGACCUAAUGUUUCUGUUUUCUACGAAGCACGUGGAAGAUGUAUUUACGUGCCCACCCGUGUUCCCUUGGUCCAUCCCAUUUGUGGCUGGCAUGACAGAAGCCAGAAGCAUAGCACCAGAGUCGUAGCCGGCACCUGCAAACCCCCCCUUUUGCUGAGUGUACAUGCGGACCCAUUAGAUAGGGUAUUUUUCCUGUCCGUCGGCAUUUAAGUCAAUUCCUCUUAUUCAGAGCCUAGGUGGUCCACUGGUGUAAGAAACUUUGAGACUGAUGAUGACUCGGGUCCUGCGAAGAUCUGAACCUCUGUGAAGCUGUCUGCGUGAGGAGUUCCAGAAGGACUGGAACAGACUUCAGUUGCCCAGAGAGGCGUCAGAGUGUCUUGCAUUGACCAAGCGCGUGCUUCCUAGGUGGCGGUUUUUCUAACAUAUAAUUAACGCAACCAAGUCAGAAGCACCUUUGCUUCCUCCUUUAAAUAAAGAAGGCCUCCCUAGGACACGCUUUUUCUUGCAGCAGCCAGACUAACGGACAAAUGCUGCAUUUGCCUUUGGGCGGCAUGUUUUUCAGUGCACUUCAAAGAGAAUUGAUGUCGUCUCCUUAGAUUUGGCUGCCUCGGUACCAGAAGGCAGUUGUGAUUUUUUUCUGGGCUUUUAGUUUUUCACAUUUGGACACUAGCUCUGGAAUAUUUAAAUGGCCGAAAUGCUGGCUGCUUCACACGGAUGGGGACGGGUUUCAGUCUCCUGCUGAUGAAUAUAGUGAUGUGGUUGGAACGACUUUCUCACCCCGCGACCCCAGGAGAUACCUUAAGUAGACGCUGUCUGCGUUCUGACCACGUGUGUCCUCAGCAAUGUGGGGACAGAGGCCAUUUUCUGAAUAUUUUAGGUAAAUAUUUUCGCCUUUAAUGAAAUCGUUCAAUGCACACCUUAGGAGUAAAACAGUCAUUUCCUUCUCUUCCUCCGCCCCCACCCUCUUGUGCUUUUCUCGAAAUGUGCUUCUAUCCCGAGUUUCUCACUCUCGUAUCUACCCUGGUGAAAUCCGGCCUUCGACUCAGAUGUGAUGAGUUACCGUGAACAGAGAAGGCGCUUGCUGAACCGCGUGAGUCACUCGUGAGUCAACUUUAACUUGCGGCCUCGAGGAUGAUUGCAUUUGCUCAGCGCCUCAGAUGCGUGGAGACGGUGCAGUCGUAGUCCCCGAGUGUUAGCGGAAACCCAGGGCCAGGCUGCUUCUGAGCAGGAGAGGAUAACUUAGCGAGACAUUCAUUUCCUCUCCACAGAUGCUGCAGAUGCUUGCGGGUCCCCAAACGCCCACGUUGAAGCAGCAUUGCGUUAAAUAAAACCAUGUACAGCUUCCCCCUCUUCUUGCCUAAAAGGAUAUUUUAAAUACGUGUAUGUAAACCAUAUAGUCCUGUCAUUGGGGUAAAUCUAUCCACGUGGCUGCUUCCACCGGACCCUUCUCUUCUGAAAUUUGUAAAUUGUGAUCGACACUGACUGCAGGUAUCUCCCACGUUUGAAAUUUGUAACCGGCUUCCGUCCUAAGGCAAUCCUGUUCUUGGCCGUUAGAAAGUGCUCCCUAUUAGGCUGUUUGUCAAGUGGAUGUUACUGACUUGUGUAUUAUAAAAAAGCCACCUAUACGAAGAGUAGGUGGCCCCAAAUGCUGAUAGCCACCUAUUGUCUCAGGAAGAAAAAAUGACAGGAUGGCAGUUGUAUUUCAAUUUAUAACGUACUUUGAUUUUUCUCUUUUAGAAGAGGAAAAGUUGGGGCUGAGGAACAACUGAACGCACCGACCACGUCUUUGGUGUGGGCUGUGUCUGCGGAAGGCCAGCAUGUCUGGGGAGGGUGUCGGAUGUGUGCUUAGUGUCUCAGGCGUGGCAGAUUCACUCACAGUCACCUUUGUCACUCUGGCUGCCCUGCUGGGCCUCUGGGACAGGCACGUCUGCUUGAUUGGGCCUGAUCUUUAGGAACAUUAGCAGGCCGGUGCAUUUGCACCUCUGCUGGGCUCAGCACCGCUCACCGCUGGCUCCCGAGCUCACGCUCAGCACACCCCUCUGCCAGAACUCAGGUUGUGUCCUGGGCGCAGCUGCGGCGGGAGGGGCCUUUCUAGGGGGUGAGGAGGAAGGUCUUAGCUCUGAAUACACUGUGGAGACGACCUCAGCUGGACUCGCUCUGUCUGUUCUGACCUUGGCUGAGUUUUCUCUAUUUAAACAACUGCAUGGAGAACUGACUUCAUAGAGAAGGGUUUUGAUGUCACUUUGGGGGUGGCAAGCCUCAUCCUUUCUGCUGGGGAACAGAUCUCUGGAUAUCUCUAGGUACGUUGUGCCAGUCCAGAUUUUCAGCAUUAGGGAAGUCAAAACAAAGAUCCCCAGCUGCUGGCAUUGAUGGGAACCGGGAUCCACCAUUCAGAGUCUUUACUCUCAGGCAGUGAUGAUCAUUAAGGUAACCUAUAAACUGGGAUGAACCUUGUGGUCCCCUCUGGGUUUUCUACGGGCCACCACACACUAUAUAUGGAGCCUUACUUCAAAAGAUUGAAUAUUGACUGUUAAAACGGAACCUACUUUUGUGUGCUUGUUCUCAAGACCACUGUGGAUCUGUUAAGCUCCUUUUUCUCCUGUGGUGGGCUCGUUCCGGGCAGUCAAGGUAACAUGCCAUCCAGUGGGUCAAACGGGGUGGUCCCGGGAGGGGACGGUGAAGAAAGGAAGUGACUGGCAGCAUUUUACGCUGUGGUGAGCAUCAGUGCGAGUGUAAGCACACCUCCAGGCAUCGGAAAGGCGGUGAGGCCACGCCUCCAGACACCGGAAAGGCGGUGGAAGCCACGCCUCCAGGCACCGGAAAGGCGGUGGGGGCCAAUCUUGUCCGGAGCGAUUUGUGUGUGUGUGUGUGUGUGUGUGUGUGUGUGUGUGUGUGUGUGGCAAGGUGCCCAUGUUGCCAACAUUGUUGAUGUGGCAGAUGAAGUAGGUAGUUUGGCUGUGACGGGACAGGAGCGGGGUACCAGUGACGGAAUGGGAGCCUUUGGGAUGUAACGGCUGUGUCUUGAAUGUUCACAACAUGGCAGAGCAUCACCUGGGUGUUCGUUGUAGACCCUGCUCCUUGGGGACUCCGGAUGGUGUAGAUCUUCGACCGCGCACGGAGGCAGGAGAGUGGGAACUAGGGGGACAGGCACCAGGUUCGACUUCUGCUGUUCAACCAGAGGGCAUCUGCUUCCUCUGCCCUUGGAUUUCCGUGUCAGGUUUCGCUGAAAGUUAGAAACAAUCCAAGGCACACGUUACCCAUUGUUUGUAUUGGAUUUUUCUGGUCACGCCUCCACUCACUGUUUGUAUUACUUAUGCAACUUGUGACCUUAUCUGUUCUCCCCUGCUCCUUUCUUAAGGUCAAUCGUAUUUCUGUGCUUGAGAUCCUCCAGAUUUUGUCAUCGUUGAGGGAUCCCUGAAUGACCCAAGUCCAACACUUUUCAUAUCUUCAUUGUUCCGCCGGGCUCAUGACAUUUUCCUGGUUACCCUAUCCAUAUCCUUCCCUUUAACCGUGAAGUGUCGGAAACACAAGCUUUAAGAGAAAAGUUCCUUUUGUAAGGAUCACAGAUGACCAGUUUCUUCAGAGAAUCGAAAGGCAGUAGAGCAGGCCCAUGGACACGUCUGUCCUGAGGCCCUCUUUGGGGUGCUGGCUCUGGUGAUGUCACACCCACAAGAGCUCGUGUCCUGUGAGUGUCUGUCACAGCAGAUGGGAGUCAGGAGGCGGGCACCUGGCUGUGGCUGCAGCGGGUCUCCAGGCGCGCUCCCUCUGCUUCUGCAGGAUGAGUCGUCCCGACCUACCCUGCCCCUCCCUGCAUCCACUUUGCCAAGAGAUUGGACCAGGCGAAUGGCCUAUGAUCCCUGGGCCAGAAAGAGCUCUUUCUGACGUGUCGGGAGUGAAGGCAAAAUAUAGGUGAGCACCUUGGGGCCCAGAGCGGCCAAAAUGAAGGGGUCAGAAUGGGUGUCUUGCCAUUUAACCUGCUAUCAUAGGUACCGCUAGUUAAACAGUCUCCAUUUGAAAACCACAAAAGUCCAAGAAAGCGGAAGCACGUGGGGAGGUGGAAACCUUCCCAUCUCCUUAGGAAGAAAAACUCAAUGUAAACAUGCAAUUGUGGCACAUUUCCGUCUAGCUCUCAGAGAAACGGUUGAUAACAAUAGAAACCAUGUCAAUUUCCCAUUAAAGAGCCGGUUGCUGGGGUGUAGACAUAAAUAAGAAGUGUGUUGCAAUAAUGCAGCUCAGGAUCAGGCAGCACACAGGGAGGUGGGGAGCGUGGGUAGGCGCAUGAGUCCUAUUUAUCCUCAGAGCCCUGAGGUCCCAUGAGGAACUUUACAUGGAAUAUACUUACUGAGUGAGUGAGCAGACGCCUAGUUUGUGAUAUUUUCAGCAUAGGGCCAGCUAGCCUGGAUAAAGAAUUAAAUUUAAUAAUCCUCUCGUUAUUAAAUCAGAUUAUACUUUGGGAAUAUUUACAAACCAGAAAUGGAUACAUAAAUAUUAUUUGCCAUUAUUGAUUUUCUGAGAGUCAUGCUUCAUGGCCAUAUAUUUCGUAAAGACUGAAGAUGUGACACUGAGGGAUAGAAAUGCCAAGUGUUCUUGAACCUUGUUAUUUCUCAAGUUAUAGCUGCACAGGAGAGCUGUGCAUUGCAGAAAAGGUAAGGGACAUUAGGUUUGGUUUGAUCCUGUGGCUAAGGUUGCUGAUGGAAAUGCUGUCUUUGGUAUUCUCACAUACGAAAGAAAAGCUGAACGGGAUGAACAAGUCUCUAAAGGGAAACACAUUUGAAUGAGCGGGGAAUUCUGCAGAAGGUACGAAUGAUACUCUGGGCUCACCUUAUGGCCGUGAGGCUCUGGGCUCACCUUAGGACCAUGGUUCUCAGCCUUUACCAAGUAUCUGAAUCACCUGAAGAGUUUGUUAACACAGAUUACCGGGCCUCACCUCCAGAAUUUCCAAUUCAGUACCUUUGGGGUAAAGCCCCAAGAUUUGUAUUUCUAACAGGCUCUUUGGUGAUAUUGAUGCUGUGGGUCCAGGGACCACAUUUUCAGACCUCCUUCCCGAUUUGAUUGGGUUGGAGGUGGAGCCCAAGCAUUUUUCAAGGCCGCAGGCACACGGCCAGAGUUAAGAGCCAUUCAAGCUGAGCGGAUGGUCCUCUGUAAGCCAAAACUUGAGUGGUUCUAUGAAAAAGUAAUUGCUUAUGUGAGAUCUAAAUCGAUCAGAUUUCAUUGUUUACAUUGAUCUGAUUCAUAAAAUAUCUGUUCAACUAUUAUAUUAGCCUAUCUGCAGAAAUUUACAUAUUUUCGAAGCGUGAGAGAGUUGGAUAACUUACAAGUAAGGAUUUCAGGGAUUAUCAUAUUUUUCCCAUCAAAAAAAAAAUAGCUUGGUGGAAAAGAGCACUUGUACAUUAAUUUUGUUGUCUCCCCCAAUAUAGAGAAGUGAAUACUGCAUUCCAGUUGUUACGUGUGAAUUUUUUAACUCAAUGUUGAAAUGAAAUAUAUGCAUGUCUUUCUGUGCAGCUGCUGAUUUUUAACAGCAUUAUUAUCUCUAAGAGAUAAAUGUAACUUCUCUGUGUAAGGUUUUCAGUUAAUUAUCUCCCGAUAACAUAGUAGUAUGUAUAACGAAGAAAAUAUGUGAAUAUUGAUUUUUUUUUAAUUUUACCAACGUGAUUGCUUAAACACUGCUGUAGAAAUACUAAUGAACGUGGGUCUUCCUACACCAGAUGCUGUUACAACUACUCUCUGAAGUUUGUUUCUCUAAAAUGUGUCUUAUCAUCUAUAAAUUUAGCAUGAAUACCGGUAAACUCACAAAGCCGAAUGCCAACAAUUAAGAGUUGCAUUAAUUGAUGUAGUACCAAAUGUAGACAUCCUAAAUCACUCUGUGUUCUGCAUGAAGUCUGGUGGAUGUAUGAUUUGAACCAAUUUCUUGAAUUGAAAAUAAAAUUACGUUCCUUAAAGUA